UGAAAAUGAAUGUACAGAACUGAUGAAAGCACAGUAUUAUAAGGAAACCAGGAUGACCACAUCAGCGGGUUAUAAACCACGAUGCUUCCUAGACAUCGAGAUCGAUGGAAAGUCCGAAGGAAGAAUUGUGUUCGAGUUAUUUGCUGAUGUUUGCCCCAAAACUUGUGAAAAUUUCCGAUCAUUAUGCACAGGAGAGAAAGGAGUUGGACAGAAGUCUGAGGUACCUCUUCACUACAAGGGAGCCCCGGUCCAUCGUGUGGUGAAGGACUUUAUGAUACAAUCAGGCGAUUUCACCAGAGGUGAUGGAACCGGGGGAGAGUCCAUAUAUGGAGGGAUGUUCCCAGAUGAGAAUUUUGUGUUGAAACAUGACAAAGAAUUCCUUCUGUCCAUGGCAAAUCGUGGUAAAGACACAAAUGGCUCCCAAUUUUUUAUAACAACGAAACCUGCACCACAUCUUGAUAACAAGCAUACAGUCUUUGGACAUGUGAUCUUUGGUCAAGAGGUGGUCACCAAGAUAGAGAACUUAGAGACGGAUGAAAAAAGUCGUCCAAAAGUGGAUGUGAAAAUUGCCAACUGUGGAGAAUUAGUUCUUCAAGUAAAAGCCAAAGCUAAAAAGAGAAAGAAACACUCGGAGUCUGAAGCCAAGAGUUCUGGUGAUUCAGAUGAGUCAUCUUCAGAAAUGGAGAAAACGAAAAAGAAAAAGAAGAAACAUAAAAAAGAAUCCAAAAAGAAGAAGCACAAGAAAAGAAAAAAAGAAGAGGAAAGUGCAAAGAACGAGCAGAAGGAAGAAGAAAUCACCACAGUGUUCGCUCAGAUUCGUCCGGAUGAAAUUCCCGACGUCCCUCAGCAGAAGUUCUUAAGCAGGGUCAACAGAGAGGAGGAAAUGGAAAAAGAGAAGUCUCCACCAGGCUAUGGCAACCGGCGGAGAAUUGAUAGGAUUCCCUAUGGAAACAAGCCCAAAUUUACAGCCAGUGGGAGAAAAAUUAAAGGCCGUGGCACAUUGAGAUAUAGAAGUAGGAGUAGAAGUGAGACACCACCUCACUGGAGGCAAGCCGUGGAAACCCGACUACGAUCUAACCAGCAACAACAACAGCAGCAGCAGCCUUACCCAGGGGAGGAUCAAGGGAGAGAAGAGAGGUGGGCGAUGGGGGACAGAAUGACUGACCGGAGGGACAGGCAACCAAUGAGGGAGAGGCACAUACAAGAGAACAAUCAAGAGGCCAGGAGGAGGAGGGAAGACAAACCAGAGAGAAUGGAAGAUGAUAAGAAGUCCAGACAAGACAGAUCUGAUAAGAGAAGGGAAAGAAAGGAAUCAGCGAGGGAGGACCGGUCCCCUGAUAGACACCGAGACAGAGAGAGUGACAGAGGGACAAAUAGAAGACAGGACAGGGACACGGAUAGAGAGAAAGACAGAGGGAUGAAUAGAAGGCCAGACAGUGAUAGAGAGAAAGACAGAGGGACAAAUAGGAGGCCAGACAGGGCGGGUAACAGGAGGAAGGACAGUGUGGAGGAAAGGAGGAAGAAAGAGAGAAGCCCCUCCUCUGAGGGGGAAGUUUCUGAUUCUGAUUCCUCCCCGCCCAGACAGAGGGACAGGGAGAAGUCGGGUUACAAAAACAGGAGCAGAUCUCCAGAUGAUUUCAGAGAGAGGAGGAGGGACUCGGAGCGAGAUGGCAGGAGAGUCGAGUCCAGACCAGGUCCUCAGAGGUCAGUGGCUCACGACAGACGAAAGAGGUCAAGCUCAGAAGAUUCAGAUAAAAGAUCAAGGUCAAAAGAGAGGACACGUAGAAGGUCAAGGUCAGAUUCUAGGAGUAAAGCCAGGAGAAGAUACAGUUCAAGUAGAAGUAAAUCAAGUUCAAGGUCACCAAGUCUAGAGAGAAGACCUCCACCUGGAAGAUUUAUAAAGAAGAAAUCAGAGACCUAUGGGUCCCGUUCACUGAGUUCAGACUCACGCAAUAGGGAUCAGUCAAAUUCAUCAAGAGUUAAUGGUGGACUAAACAGUUCUAAGUAUAGUCCACCUAGACGAGAAAACCUGGAAGUGCGAAGAGAGAUCCGGGAAAAUGAUUUUAAAAAUGACAGCAGAAGAUCUCCAGACAAGCGAGGAUCUGAUCAUCCAAACAGACCCACGGAAGUUCUGCAGCAAAGUAGAAUACAGUACGACUUGGAGAAGAAGGAGGUACCCAUCAAGGCCCACCCAGUCAAGUCAUUAAAUGAUUCCAAACAGAGGCGGUCAAGGUCAUCAUCCUCUAGCAGAUCUAGGUCAAGGUCAGACGAUUCACGAAGUUCUUCAUCGAGUUCAGGUGAAUCUGAUGAUGAUGGUAAUGCUGAAGAACGAAAGAAAGAAAAGAAAGUUGAGGAAAGGUUUAAGUGGCAGCCACCCCCAGAACCUGAAGAAGAGUUUAAGCCCAGACAAAGGGCUUCUCAUACAGAAACAAAAGAAGAGAGUGUGAGGACAUCAUUAAGGAUCAAAACUCCACCUCUGCCUCCACUGGGACAGGUAGCAGAGGCCACGUCAGAACUAGCCAGAAGGAGCAACAGAUGGGACAUGCAGACAACUGACCAAAAAAGGAAUUUGAGUGAAAAUAAGUCCAGUCCUCCCCCAGUGGAUAAAAAGCUGCCUAGUCCACGUAAAUCUAGACGUUCUUCUUCAAGGUCGUCUUCAUCUAGCUCCGGUAGAUCCAGCUCACGUUCUCCAUCACCUACCAGCAAGUUCUUGUACGGCAAGAGUGAGAGUAAGAUCAGCCAACCUCCGAACUCAUCAACCAAUCAGCAAUCAGCGGGAUUCAGUAAGGUGUUAACGAGUAUGUUGGAUAUUCCUAUCCCAGCAGUGCCUGAAAAAUCACCAGAAAAACCAAAGGAGGCCAAGUCUACUCUUGAUGAAAGAAUCAAAGAUUUUAAUGUCAAUGUGUCUAAAUCAAAGGUGGAAAUAGCCACACGAAGGACAAGAUCAAAAAGCUCCAAAUCCUCCUCAUCUGACAGAUCUAGCAGGUCAAGGUCACCCAAAUCCUCCAAGACCAAACAGAGGUCACCUGAAAGGAAGCAAUCAUCAAAAUCUCCCUUAAGAUCUAAUAGGAAUUCUCUAAGGUCACCAGGGUUGGGAAAAAGAAGGUCUAGUAGUCCUCAACCAAGAAGAUCAUCAGCAAAUCGAUCCAGAAGUCCAAAAAAGCCAACAAUCAGGAGAUCAAUCUCACCAAGGAGAAGGUCAGGUUCACCUAGAAGGUCAAGGUCAUCUAGAGGAAGAUCAAUUUCACCGAGAAGAGGAAGGUCACCUAGAAGGUCAACAUCAAGAAGGUCACCUAGAAGGUCAACAUCAAGAAGACGAUCCAUUUCACCCAGACGAUCCAGAUCCCCAAGAAGAUCAUCUUUCAGACGAUCUAUUUCUCCACGUAGACGAGCCCCUCCCUAUCGAUACAGGUCUCCAAUAAGGAGAAGACCGUCCCCUCGACGUAGAAGUAGGUCAAGGAGUCGAUCCAGAAGACGCUCUCCAAUCAGGUCCAGGCAGAGGUCUAGAAGUCGCAGUCGAAGAAGAGGGAGGAGUUCUAGUUCUAGAAGCAGAAGUAGAAGUAGGAGGCGCAGCAGAAGUGGAAGCAGAGGCAGAAAGCGCAGCAGAAGUGGAAGUAGGAGGCGCAGUAGGAGUGGAAGCAGAGGCAGAAAGCGCAGCAGAAGUGGAAGCAGAGGCAGAAAGCGAAGCAGAAGUGGGAGUAGAGGACGGAGCAGAAGUGGAAGCAGAGGCAGGAAGCGCAGCAGAAGUCGAAGUAGGCAGCGUAGCAGAAGUAGAGGACGUAGUGAGAGUCCUAGAGGCAGACGAAGAAGUCGGAGUGGAAGUAGAAGCAGACGACGAAGUAGGAGUAGGUCAUGAAUCAGCUGGAGACCUCAAUUACAAUCUAUCUGCUAUGUGGAUAGCAUUUGAAACUAGUAUUCUUCAAGAAGGUUGACCACUGGCUGAUUUAAAAUACCAGUUAUAUAAAUUUUAUAGAAUGUGGCACAUGGGCCAUUAUGGUAGAAUUCUCUGCCAAUUCUAAUCUUUUAUUUAGGAUUUCAUUAAUUUUGAGUGCUGAUGAUCCAUUCAUUUUACAAAAUAGACAUAAAUUGUACAUAAUUUACAUAGGCAAACCUUUGCCUUUAGUGCAUACCAUUGUCAUUUGGUAGAAUCAUGGUCCUUGUUUUAUUCUGUACCUACAUUUGUCAUUGUGUGAGUGUUCAGGAGUUUAGGUCUUGUUUAUUCUUGUAUUGUUAGGAACUACUGGUUGUAAACCCAGUGACAAUAACAUCCUAGUUUGGUACAUUUUAUUUGUGUAUUCCCCCCUGUUUUGUUCAGUCACAAACAUUCUGUGUCCAAAGACUUUUAAAGUUUCUUGUACAGAAAAACGUGUAAAAUAUUUUUCAAUUCAAGAAUAAUUGAUUUACACUUAAAAUGAUGUCACAUUUUCUUCACUUGUC